UUGGUCCUCUUCUCUAUUUGUUUUCUUUGCUCGUCUAAUUUGUACCGAAAUUAAGCUGUACACCUUCAAAGGAAAACCAGAAGAAACUCAAGUCUGAAAGUCGAGCCUAGCACUUGAUUUUCGCAUUUCCGCUUAUGGUGUCCCUUAAUCCGAACCCUGCUCAGGGAUUCUACUUCUUCGAUCCCAUGAACUUCGGCCUUCCUGGCCUCAAUCCUCCUCCGCCUCCCGCCACCUCCUUCAACCCUGCCACCAUUCCUGCUGCUGCGCCUCCGCCUACCGCCUCCACCACAACUGCCAUGUCUUUUUCUGACGAUACCAGUAAGAAGAUCCGGAAACCUUAUACUAUUACCAAGUCUAGAGAGAGCUGGACCGAGCAAGAGCAUGACAAGUUUCUAGAAGCUCUUCAACUGUUUGAUCGUGAUUGGAAAAAGAUCGAAGCAUUUGUAGGGUCAAAAACAGUUAUCCAGAUACGUAGCCAUGCGCAGAAGUACUUUUUGAAGGUUCAGAAGAAUGGGACCAGUGAACAUGUUCCUCCUCCUCGGCCAAAGAGGAAAGCACUUCAUCCAUACCCACAAAAAGCGCCUAAAAAUGUCUCCGCUGUAUCACAAGUUAGUGGGCCAUUUCCAUCUUCAUCUGCCUUGCUUGAACCUGGAUGCAUGUAUAGGCCAGAUUCGUUAUCAGUGGUUGGAAAUCCAAUUGCCCCUGCACCUAUGUCUUCUUGGAGUUACAACUCAGUGUCACCAGCUAGUAUGACACAAGUGACUAAAGAUGAUACAGGAUUGGCUGGACCAACAAUUGCACAUAAUUGUUGUUACAGUAGUACUAAUGAAAAUGCACCAAGGACUUGGGCUAUUGAUAAACAAGUUGAUCAAGGAGAUAAUGGGCAGCCAAAAAGAGUUAUGCCAGAUUUUGCUCAAGUAUACAGCUUUAUUGGCAGUGUCUUCGACCCUAAUUCAAGUGGUCAUUUGGAGAAAUUGAAGCAAAUGGACCCAAUAGAUAUGGAAACAGUUCUGUUAUUAAUGAGGAACCUCUCCAUGAAUUUGAGGAGUCCUGAGUUUGAGGACCAUAGAAAGUUGCUUUCUUCUUAUGAUGUUAAUGCCAAGAGGGGUGAAGUUGGUGGGACUUGUGAAAAUCUUGGUACUGAAAAAUCCAGAAAUGCCAUUCUCUCUGCAAAAAGUAAAUCUAAAAAUACCAUUUUCUCUGCAUAAGGAUGAGAUGAUUGACACAUCGAACAAGCUAACCGGAGUUGUAGCAUAAAAUGUACGUAAAUAAGAUAUGGUAGUGUGGUAUAGGAGGCGGUUUCCCAGAGCUACAGGCUUGUAACCAGAGUUUGUCAAUAUAUUAAUAUGUCGAGUGUCUUGUGUAUAUUAUAAUCUGUAGAAAGAUGUCUACUUCUCUGAAAUUUUAGGGCAGUACCUGCUAAGGUUUCUGUUCAGAGAGUGUGUUGUAUAGAGGGUGAGGGUGAGGUUUUUGACUGUAUACGUGCCUAGUUUUUUUAACCGCCAUAAUAAAUGUCUGUCCAGUAGAGGUUUGCAAGCAACACAGUAAAUUAGAAAGGUACUCACCCAACAAAAAACAAAAAAAAAAAAAGAAAAAAAAAAAAAGAAAAAACAGAAAGGCAAUUGAAGGUAUAAGUAGUAUAUAUGUUUGAGAAAA